UAAAGUUAGAGUUAGACCGGGACUAGGAGGGAGUAGUGCAGCUACCACUUUUCUCCAAACCUUGCAAUUUCUUGAAUACCUGAAGCUCAAAUAUCUUAGUCAAAAUCAUGGCAUUUAAAUUACACAUUGCUGUCCUAGCCUUCCCUUUCGGAUCACACGCACCCCCCUUACUGGCCCUGGUGCGGCGGCUGGCUGCCUCUGCACCAGACGCGCUGUUUUCCUUCUUCAACAGCGCGACGUCCAACGCUGCGCUUUUCAACGCGAUUGCCUGUGAAAACAUACGGGCGCGCAACUUGUGGGACGGCGAGGCAUUUGCGGGCUCGCUCUUCAACGCGGUCGAGCUGUUCCUCGGGGCAGGCCCGGUGAACUUCGAGACCGCUAUCCGAGAAGCGGAGCGGGAAAGCGGCCUCGAAAUCCGGUGCCUAAUAAGCGACGCAUUUCUGUGGUUUUCGAGUGACAUUGCUGAGAAAAGAGGAGUGCCAUGGGUGGCGUUCUGGAUUAGUAGUUCGUGCUCGCUGUCAUCGCACGUCUAUGCCGAUCAAAUCGUUAGAGCAAUCGAAUCAACAGAAACGGCGAAACAAGAGAAAGCUUUGUCGUUCAUUCCAGGAUUAGAAAUGGCGACCACGGCAGAUCUACCGGCGGAGGUGUUCCUCGGAAGCAAUCCGUCGCCGAUGGCGGUGGCGGCCUACAAAAUGGUGGAGCGUCUCCCCAGAUCCACCGCCGUCGUCCUGAAUUCGUUCGAGGAGCUAGAACCGAUCAUCACAAAAGACCUAAAAUCGAAAUUCCCCAAUUUGCUCAACGUCGGCCCUUCCAUCCUCGCUUCGCCGACGAAUCAGGAUGCCGCAAUCGCCGACGAAUCAGGAUGCCUCUCAUGGCUGGGGAGCCAAAACCGCCCAAAAUCAGUCGUCUACAUCAGUUUCGGCACCGCAGUCAUGCCGCCGGAGAACGAUCUCGCGGCGCUGUGCGAAGCCCUAGAAACAUGCCGAUUCCCGUUCCUGUUGUCGAUUAAGCAGCAGGCAAUGAAAUCCUUCCCGAACGGAUUCAUCGAUCGGACGAAUUCGUUCGGGAAGGUGGUGGUGUGGGCGCCGCAGCAGCAGAUCCUCGCGCACGAGAGCGUCGGCGUGUUCGUCAGCCAAUGCGGCUGGAACUCGAUUUUAGAGAGUAUCGCGAGCUGCGUUCCGUUGAUUUGCUUGCCAGUUUUCGCAGAGCAGAAGCUGAACAGCAGAAUGGUGGCGGAUCUGUGGAGGAUUGGGGUGAGGGUUGAAGGCGGCGUGUUCAGUAAGAAUGGGGCGAUUGAGUGUUUGCAGGAGAUGAUGACGAGGGAGGAAGGGGUGAAGAUAAGGGAGAAUGUUAGUCUGCUGAGGAACAAGGCUUUGGCUGCCGUUGAUUCUCAAGGGAGUUCGUCCAACAAUUUCCACAAACUUCUACAUCUCAUCCCACUUUGACUCGAACUACAAUUUCAAGAUGCCACAUCAGAAAUUGGGGAACUACAUCUCAAGAUAACAUGAAUACUCCUUCCGUCCCAAUUUAGGAGUGCAAUUUAGUUAGUCCACGAGUUUUAAAAAAUUGGUAGUGUGUGUAAUAAUUGAAUUGUGGCAGUGGUUGUUGAAGUGUGUAAUAGUUGAA